AUGGCGACUGAUCAUGCAUCUCAGAGCUCUGUAAAUUUUGGUGAAAAGUUUCCUCUGAACGAAGCAGAAGUGACACAAUCGGUUGAUAAUGGUAACCAUUUGUGUUACGAAACAAAUAAAGGCAAAAUUCAGUUCAAAUGGAUGUCUAGUUUUGACAAAUUAGCUCAAUUUGUCGACCAGUCAUUGAAGGUCGAUGGCGUGUGGUCGGAAAUCACCACCAACGGAGGUUAUCAUGUGUGCAAAAGUCCUGAGGUAACUCUAAGUUUUUAUCCAACAACUAAAACUUUGAAAAUUCAAGGACCGAAGCAAGUAUAUUAUCGUUCACUUUUGCAAGACAUUGGUGGACUAGAUAUCAAUAAUUUUAAGAAGCAGGAGACCAACCCUGAAGCCCUCGAGCGAGACGAACAAGAAAGCUUCGAUGCUUCAUUAGUAUGCAUUUCUUCACAAUCAAGCGUGGGUGAAAUGCCUACGGUCUGCUGCGGUACGGUUCUAUAG